AUGGCCGAAGUCUCGCACCUCGAGGCCGCCUUUGAGCGCAUCACCGUCAACGACGAGAACAGCGACGAGCAGCCCUACGCCAAGCCAAAGGCCCCCGUCGCGUCGCUGGCCCUGGCCACGUCCGCCUCGGGCGCCAACCGCAUGAAGGUGCCGCUGCAGAAGCUCGCCGCCGCCAACUCCAGCAAGCUCAAUGCCACCAUCAAGCCCGUCGUCGCCCCGCCCGCCCGCCCCGACGGCCACCGCCGCACCCUCACCGACACCGCCCUGUACACCCCGCCGCCGCCCGCCGCCGCCGCCGUCCCCAAGCAGUGGCACCUCGGCAUGUUCGAGAUUGGCAAGCCGCUGGGCAAGGGCAAGUUUGGCCGUGUCUACCUGGCGAAAGAGCGCACCUCGGGCUUCGUGUGCGCACUCAAGGUCCUGCACAAGUCCGAGAUCCAGCAGGGCAAAGUCGAAAAGCAAGUGCGCCGCGAAAUCGAAAUCCAGUCGCACCUCGCCCACCCCAAUGUCCUGCGCCUCUUCGGCCACUUCCACGACGCCAAGCGCAUCUUCCUGAUCCUCGAGUUCGCCGGCAAGGGCGAGCUGUACAAACACCUGCGCCGUGAGCAGCGCUUCCCGGAGCCCAAAGCCGCCCAGUACGUCGCCCAAAUGGCAUCCGCACUCAAGUACCUGCACAAGAAGCACGUCAUGCACCGCGACAUCAAGCCCGAGAACAUCCUCGUCGGCGUGCACGGCGAAAUCAAGAUCUCGGAUUUCGGGUGGAGCGUGCACGCGCCCAAUAACCGCCGCAACACCAUGUGCGGCACGCUCGACUACCUGCCCCCGGAGAUGCUCAAGGGCGCCUCCAAGGACAACUACUACACCGAGAAAGUCGACCUCUGGAGUCUGGGUGUCUUGACCUACGAGUUCCUCGUCGGCGAGGCCCCGUUCGAGGACACCCAGGUCAUGACCCAGCGCAAGAUUGUGCGGUGCGAGUACACGGUGCCCGGAUUUGUGAGCGCCGAGGCCAAGGACUUGAUCAAGCGGCUCCUCGUGCUCGACCCCGAGAAGCGCAUCUCCCUCGAAGACGUCGAGCGACACCCGUGGAUCAUCAAGCACUGCAAGGGCUCGGCGCGCGCGUACGAGCGCACGUCAGACAAGUUCAGGAAGAGCACUGAAUAGGCGACUGUUAAUAGCACCAUUUACGAACGGCGUUUGGGGAUUUAGCGCAUUGGCUGGCGUUCUGGAUUGAUUUUGGCUUUCUUAUACAGCGUUCGCAUGGUUUGCGUAGUCGAUUGGCAGCGCGCCGAGUAGAGCGUGUGGGUGCGGUACGAGGACUGGACAUUUGGUGUUGAUCGUUGAUGGGCUUAGUGUUGUCACGGUGUCAUAUUCUUACGUCUUCUCCUUUGAUAUUGAGAUGCGGGUCUAGGUUCGAUUGAAUUGCACAUAUCUUCCUUUCCACUGC